AUGUUGCUUGAAAAGCCCAAAGUGGAAGACAGAUGUUGUGACACGGUGAAUAAAAUCCAAAGUAUUGAGGAAGGUUCAGUGACCAUCAGCUGUUCGUACGACUCUCAGUCUGUCAACAAGCUGAAGUUCUUCUGCAGAGGAAACCGGCCCUCCACAUGUCGACAGCAGGCAGUGAUCAACUCUAGCAACACACAAGAUGGACGAUUCAGACUCUCUGAUGACAGGAAGUCAAGAAUAUUCACAGUGACCAUUUCCAGUCUGACCCUGAAGGAUUCUGGGUCGUAUCUUUGUGGAGUCCAGAGAAUCUCAGGAUUUGAUGUUUUCUCUGCUGUUGAACUAGAGGUCAAAGAGUGGUGCUGUGUGGAGUCAAAGAACAUCAGACCCGAGUGGAGCGUUGGAAACUACACCCAGUUUCAUCUGACUGUAGACGAAGAAGAACAGCGUGGUGUGUCAGAGGAGUCCGUAAUAAAAGCUUUGUACUGGCUUUUCGCUGCACUUCCUGUUCUGCUGCUGAUACUGAUAAUCAUCCUGGUCAAAGUUUGCAAGACCAAACGUCGCCAGUUGACAGCAGUCGACAUGAACACAAGCAAACUGGAGGCAGUAGAUGCACAAGACGUGACGAGUGAAGAAGAUAUGUACAACAAUCAUGCGAUGUUCUCACAGCAGAAGAGGACGCAGCGCACAGAAUUGCUCUCUGGAGAUGCAGAUGAAUACACAGCAAUCUACGAAAACUGAGCAAAUCUACUGCAACCAUUUCAUGUAAAACACAGGAGAUGAAGGAUUGGCAAAGCCAGCUCUUUGUUACAGACGAAGAUCUUUGUUCUGAUUGUCGGAAAGCAAAAUGAUGAAAUGCACUGCAGAGGAAAUUAUUAUACAUUUCUAACUAGUUUUAAGAUUUAGAUGCUAAUUGAUCAUUGUUUUAAUGAUGCAGUUUGUUUUCUUACAUUAACUUUCCUCACAUCAUA